AUGGAUCAAGAGAGAAAUAUCGAAAAUGAGAGAACAGACGAAUUUAUGCUGCCCGGUUUCAGAUUCCAUCCAACGGACGAGGAGUUAGUAGGGUUUUAUCUGAGGAGGAAAAUUACGCAAAAACCUCUCCCCAUCGAGCUCAUCAAGCAGCUCGAUAUCUACAAAUACGAUCCAUGGGACCUUCCAAGAGCUGGCUUCUGGAAAGCGACCGGUACAGAUCGGCCUAUUUACUCAUCCGAAGGCUCGAAAUGCAUCGGCUUGAAGAAAUCUCUUGUUUUCUACAAGGGUAGGGCUGCAAAGGGGGUUAAGACCGAUUGGAUGAUGCACGAGUUUAGGUUACCCUCAUUUUCCGACCCGAUUAUGACUAAGAAAUACUCGGACAAAAGCAUUCCUCCCAAUGAAGCGUGGGCAAUAUGUAGGAUUUUCAAGAAAGCAAGCUCGAGCUCUCAAAGAGCCAUAUCUCAUUCUUGGGCUUCUUCGCCUGUCUUCAACGUCACAACAUCAUAUGACCACCAAACAAUUAUAAAUCCUUCCCCACAUGUAGUACUCAACAACUUCGAUUCGGUUACGACAAACCUAACAACCUCAAUGCCGAACAAACAAAAUCCGAACCUCCAAUACGGUUCUUCCAACAACAUGAUCGAGCAAAUAUCGUCCGUCAUGAGUUUCCCUCCGCUACAUGAGCUUCCACCCUGCAAACCUGCACUGAUUCCUCCGAUAUUGGAAAAUGAUAUUCACAAACCAAACGGGACCUUACGCGUUCAUGAAAUACCCGAGCAGGGUCGAACUUGUCCUUUCCGAGACGCAUCUUUCUUGUCACGAGACAUGUCGAGUUCUUUCCUCGGUGGAUAUCUGAAGGGUUCGGACAACAAUGGGAAUAUGGAAUUUACAACACAAUUUAAUGAAUUUUCGGCUCAUGCGAACGUGCAAGAAGAUGGGGUUUUAGUCACGGAUCAGAUUAAUGUCACGGGACAUGAAUUAGGUGAUGACGAUGCGUGUGGAAUGAUGAUGACGAUGAUGAUGAGUUCAUCGAUGGAGUAUUCUUGCAAUUUGCCAUCAUUGAGCUUGUCCGAAAAUGGAUUGAAGUCGGGUUUGGUGUGGGAUUAUGCAUCUCCUUGUCCGAGUGACUUGUCGACUAGUUAUUCGGCAAGCAAUUGCUACACUUGA